AACAACUGUGGUGAAAGAUUUCACAAUGAAAUAGCAAAAUUCAGGUUCUUGAAUGAGCUGAUUAAAGUGCUUUCUCCAAAGGUAGGUGGUCAUGGUUAUGCUGGACAUUGCAGAUGGGACACACCGUUUAGUUUGUGUUGGAUACAAAAAAUUGGUCUCACACAGAAGUAGAGCAGAAUUCUUCUGUGGUUCCAAGCACAAGGACUGGGUGUGAAUUCCCCUGUAAAAGAUGUAAGCUAGGGACUCUUCCUCUGAAAAGCUUUUGUGGUUUCUCCUUUCUCUGCUGGGACAAUUUGGGACUCUACAGGAACUUGAAUUUGUUGCUGUGACCCCUCAGCCUGUGGCCCUUUUGCCUUGCAAUGAUUUACAGAACUUUGGUUGUGGAAAUGGUGGAGGAGAGGGAUGCCAGGAGCUGCCCAGAGCCUCUCCUGUGUUUUCUUAUGCUCUGUCCUCAAACCCUUGUGCUGUGGCUGCUCUCCUCCUUGCUUCCUCCUGCCAAAGGUCAGCCUGGGUUUGGGUCCUGUUCAACAGGCAGGAUCAGCUUAGGUAGCAGCAGGGGAGCUGGACUUCAGCAGCAUUUCAGCACUGGUUCCUGUGCCACAAGAUACACCGUUGACAACACUUACUAUGGAACCUGGUCUUCAGAAAAAGUCAAGUCAAGAGUUACAGAAGUAAUAUUCAGUUGGACAGUCUGGUUUCCUCAGGAAGUUAAAAUCCGGGAUGCUUAUCAGAUGCUGAAGAAACAAGGGAUUGUAAAAGAAGACCCCAAAGUGCCAGAAGACAAAAUUUUACCUCCCCCUUCUCCAAGACCUCAGAAUUCAAUUUUUGACACAGUUGAAGAGAAAUCAAAGCUCUUGGCAAGGCUUCUGAAGAGCAGCCACCCUGCAGACCUGCAGGCUGCCAACCGUCUGAUCAAGAGCAUCAUCAGAGAGGAACAAGAAAAGUCAGCCAAGGUGUCCAGAAGAGUGGAUACCAUCCGUGAGGUUUCUGAGAAUGCUAAACAGAUGGAUGAAUUGCUGGAAAAAUACAAGAGACAAGAAUUAUCCAAAUCCGACCAGGAGACCCUAGAGACUCUGUUUCAGCGCUGUGAGAAGCUCCGGCCGCUGCUCUUCCGCCUGGCCAGCGAGACAGUCGAGGACGACGAGGCUCUAGCUGAGAUCCUGCAGGCCAAUGACAAGCUCACACAGGUGCUCAGACAGUACAGGCAGGUUGUAGCCAGCCCUGAAGAUGGUGGUGGAGGAGGUUCAGCCACCAGCUCUGCUGAUGCACCAGCCUGCCAGCCAGUCCCACAGCACGUGAGGAGCUACACACUGAUUGACUUCUCAGAACUGGAGGUGACAUCCCAGUGUCCUGUAGAUCAGUUUGCAAACACAACCACCACCUCCCAGCAGGGCAGCACCACCUCCACCUGUCUACUCAAUGAGGAGCUGAAGGCUUUAGGUCUCAGCAACUCUCCUGUUGUACAGAAGCCACCGCCUGAUUUUGGCUUAGCAGAGGCUGCUGCACACAAUGGACAUGGUGAAACCAUAAGUGCUGUUCAGACAUGGGGACUGCAGGAGAGCUGGGAGGAGAGCUGUGCAGAGGAGGGUGGAUUCCAGGGCCUGGCUGAUCAGCUCUCUCCACCGUCCAGGACACACACAUUAUCCUUGGAUUUAUCACCAAUGAAAUUGCCCUGUCCAGACCUUCCAAGUAGCUCAAUGGCAGACACUUCAUUCUCCAGCUUAGGCUCUGAGCUGAAGCCUGCUGCCUCUUUGCAUCCAGCUUCCCAUGAUGCUUCUCUAGAAAACCUUUUUGUCCCUUUAAUUGAAAUUACACCAAGCAGUGUCUGUCCACUCACGGUGUAUGACAGGAAUGGUUUCAAGGCUAUGCUCCACUUCUCCAGAGACCUGGCUCCUGGCCGACCAGAUGUGCUGGUGAUGGUUCUUUCCAUGCUGAGCACAUCAGCUCAACCAAUUAAGGACAUAGUGUUCCAAGCUGCAGUCCCAAAGACCAUGAAAAUAAAGUUACAGCCAGCAUCUGGCUCUGAGCUGCCUGCCUUCAACCCCCUUCUGCCCCCAGCAGUGGUAUCCCAGGUCCUGCUGCUUGCCAAUCCACACAAGGAUCCCAUCCGACUGAGGUACAAGCUGGCCUUCAGGCAAGGUGUGCAGCCCUUCAGGGAGGCUGGAGAGCUGACUGGCUUCCCAGAAGCAGAGCUGUGGGGCAGGAGCUGAAGUUCAGCGGGCUGGGACGUUGCCAUCUUCCCUCGGCGGUGGAUGGGGAGGGACUGUGCCAGCCGAGCUGGCCUGGGCUCUGUGAUGGCUCCUUUCCUCGGGAUCCACCAUCUCCUCCUUCCUUCUGGUUGCUGUGCUGUGUCUGGCAGGUGGAAUGUAAACUGGCAGCUUCUGCCACAGCCUUUUUCUGUAGCUGACCCUGCUUUACACGACCCUCCUGUAAAGCUCAGGAGCCUUAAUGCUUCUUCUGUACAAGUCUUUCUUGCUGCUUUCAGGGCAGAUUUUCCCUUGCUCCCAUUACCUUUUAUUUUUUAAUUAAAAAGCAAACCGGUACCAACAA